UCCUUUAAACCCUUCAUGUUUUUUACUCAGUUGGACACACAAAGCUGCUUCUGCUUGGAAUCUGGAACAAGCCGCUGUUUUUGCUGCUUGGGAUGAAAUUAAAGGACGACCAGUACCAAAGAAUAGAUUGGACUUCGUUUAUUCUAAACAACGCAUGAGAGCAGCUUUGAAAGCGGCAAAAAAUAUCGAAGGUGUCAAAGGCUUCGGCGGAUAUCGCAGAUACAAAAUUUUAAAUUUAGAUAAUUAUGAAGUACAACAGGAUUUUGAAUUCAAAUGCCCAAGUACUGGAGAUGAAAAUGUUCCCAACAAUACACAGCUUGUUUCAAAAGAGGAUUUGAUUUUUGAAGAUUAUCAUGAUACUGCUGGCAGUCCAGAACCACCUGAAACUGAGAAGAGGAAGCAAAAUUCAUCAAGAAAGCAGGAUCUGUCACCAGAAAAACAGAAUUCACGAGAAGUGGCUCCAUAUCAUCGUCACACACGCUCUUUAACACAAAAAAUUGUUGAAAUUUGUCCUGAUUCAGAAGCGACUCUGUUUGAAGAAAUAGAUGACAUGCCAAGGAUACGAAAAAAAUAUCCACCCAAAAGAUCUGUGCAACAAGCGUUUAAUGAAGAAAUGAACGGUGGUGAAGCUGCAACUGAACCUAAGGAGGAUUGCACAAUACCAAAGAAGAAAAAACCUCCAAGUCCAAAGAAACGAAAAAGACGUAUCAGACGCUUCACACCUAAGAAAAAGCCCCCAUCUAAGAAUUUGAGAAAAUGGAAGAGGCCUAAAAAGACUGUCAAAAUAAAUAUCAAAGAGUACUCUGUUAAGAACAGAAAAAUUAUCAAGAAAGCAUCUGCUCCACUUCAAUAUUCUGUGUUGGAAAAUGAAUCAUUAUAUUGGAAAACAUUAGACCAAAUGGCAACUCAAGAUGUUAAACAAGAGCCAAUUGAAAAUUUUGUGGUUGGUGUGUCUGAGAAAUCGAAUCAUGAGUCUCCUGUGGAGAAUGAACAAAUUGUUCCUGAGUCGACUACUAUCAAAAUCAGUUCAGAGUCCGUUUUAAACAGUAAUGUAAAAGAUGAACCAAUGGAAUUUGUUUCAGAGGAGAAUUUUUUUUCUCAGGAGCCAGAUGAAGAAUCGGAAUAUGAAUCAGAACCUCCAAGCCCAGCAUCCGAUCCUGAUACUUCAGUAAAUGCUUCGCUACACCAGGACCUAAAAGGCUCUGGUCAUUCGCUCAUUCGUGAUUUUGUAAUACCUGCCCUUGACAAUGAAACAUAUGGAGAUCUUUUGAAGUGGGACUCAGAUGAUCCAUCUGUAUUUUGGAUAAAAUGGACGCAUAAGGCAAAGUCUUCUUGGUCUAAAAGUGAUGCCGCUGUAUUCAUAGGGUGGGACAUAUUCAAAGGAAGACGAACUCCGAAAACUCCUUUAGACUUUGUAGACGCCAAACAACGACUACGAGCCGCUUUUAGAAAUCUUAAAACUGUUGAACAUGUGCAGAUGAAAAAGGGAUAUCGAGGAUACAGGAUUUUUGCUUUAGCCGGUGUUGAAUCUGUUAGAGAAAGAAAAAUAACAGUUCAGAAGUAUCUUAAAGCAGCCCAAGAAAUGGAAGAAGCCUACUGUAAAAGCCAAGUAGCUGCAAAACUCAAGUCGAAAGAGUAUCUGCUCAGACCAAAAUUGAAGACAAAACCUAAAUUGAAAGAUCAUUUGGAAAAGAAAGAAAAUAGUCCUUCUGCUUCUCCAAAGAAUUCUUCCGAACUACUUGAUAGUUAUCAUCAUCACACGAGGUCCCUAACUAGAAAAAUGGUGGAAAUUUGUCCAAACCCGAAAGCGAAGCGCCGUGAUCAGUUCAAUGGUGUCUUUAAAAUAUCUACAUCAGAAGAGAAAGAAAAUAUUGCCCAAUCUUCAAAAAUUCCUAGAACUCCUACUAAUGAGCACAAGAAACCUGUUCACGAAAUCAAUUCAUUUGACAUAUAUCACGAUAUACAUCUCAUACGCCAAACAAAACCGACUGUCAGGUAUGAAGAAACUCAUGACACAAUCAAAGAAGCACGUCCGGUGAGUAAUUUUAACAAUAGUUCAUCUUAUGAAACAGACUCUCCAGCAGAUAAUUCUGAGGUUUCAUCAGAAUCGUCUGACUGGGAACCAGGAUCAAAACGGAACAUUGUUCGUAAACCCAGAAUUACGAAACAUCCCGUGGAUCCAAAAGAUUCCCCCCUGAUGGCCAAAUCUCGAAAGACUUAUCAAUCAUUUCAUAGUAAAAGUUCCAUGUCAAAACAGAAAGCGCAUAUCAAUUCAAACAUCAGCUUACUUUAUAAAGCUCUCACAUCACUGCAUGAUGGAGAUGAAAAUUUUGGGAAAACACGCAAUUUAAAACAAAGCAGAUCGACAUCUUACAUUGAGAGCUCUGAGUCGGAGGAUGGCUGUGAUAGACCCAGGGUUUAUUCCAGUGAUAAUUCCGAGAAUACUCGUAAAAAAAGUAUUCUUAGCAAGCAAAAGCAUGUUAAGAGAAGCAAAGAUGCUAAAAAUGCUUUUACAGGCUCAUCUCAAAAGAGUUUAAAUUACUCUGAUCAGAAUGACGAUGAUUCCGUGGCUAUAGAAUCCGAAUCUGAAUCAUUUGGUUCACACUGCAAAAGAUACCCUUCCAAGCAAUUAAAAAGAGGCAAAAGUUCGGGUUCAAAAUCAUCCUCAGGUACUGAAACUAGUCCCAAAUCUCGAAAGAAACGUAAAAAGAGUAAGGAUGUCCCAAACGAGAUGUUACUACAAAGGAAAUGCGAUGUAGAUCCAUUUUUCCAGUAUGAAAAUAUCAUCAAAAGUGAACUUCAAAGAAUAAAUGCCAACUCUCUCGGCUGUUCCGAUUUUUCCGAUGCCCUUUCCAGCUUUACCGGCAGUGACUACGUGGAUGAAUCUCUUGACGAUGAAGAAGUGCAAAAUUUCAUUAUGAGAGAGAGAAUUAAAGCAGGAAUUUUCAACAACAAAAGAUCAAUUGAUUUAAAAAGUGAAAAAGAAUUUAUCCCCUUGCUUCCCCAGUGUUCUGUAUCGCUGGAACAAGACUCGAUUACUGAUAACAAAGCAAAUUCUUCUGUCUCAAAUAGCAAAAGAAAUCGUAGAAAAAAUAGCGGUAAAAUAAAGAAAAUAAGUAAAAAUCCGAAAACGAGUGUUGAACAUGAAAAUUUAAGUAUGAGUGACAGUAAUUCAAUAAAUCCGCAAAGUAUUCCUGAUUAUGAAGAUGGUUCCAAAAAGAACCUUUUGAUGGAAUUUUCUUACUUUGUUGAUGAAUAUAAUCGAAAAAAUGCACUGGUUGCGAGUGAUAGAAAUGAAGAUCAAAAAAAUUGCUCAAAUAAUAGUCCCUGCGAUAUUAAAAUUGUUGACAUUUGUUCCAUUCCUGGUGGCAAAGUAAAAACUGUAGAUGAAGGACCUGAAGUACCGAACGUGUGUCAAAAGGCUCUUCAAGCUGACAUUACUGUUGCUCAUGAAAAGUUGGUUGACAGUUCUGUUGCUCAUGAUGCAAACUCUGAAAGAACUAGUUCAUUGCAAACCACUGAUGCCUUAAAAUCAUGUUAUGCCAAUUCAUCGAUUGAAGUUGACAGAGGAGCAUUAAAUUGUAAUCGGGAUUCGAAUUUAAACAAAAUGCAUGAGUCUUGUUCAAUAAGCAAUGCUGAUCAAGAACUGUCAGACUUAAAUCCAAGCGCUGAUAGUAGCCCUAAAACUGAUAAAAUUGACCCACCGAAGGAUACUAAGAGGGAGAAUCCUGCAAGUUCCAGCCUUGCUGAUUUGGGGAACUCUGAAGCAAUUGAAAACGAUGAUGAGUCGGACGUAGAAGUUAUAGAUUUCUUUGUAAAAGACACUACACUUAUUCCUGAUGAAAAAGCUGAAGGAAGGAAAGAUUCCGUUCCUGACCCAUGUGACAGUAAGGAAUGCUUAAAGCCAACUAGUGUAACUGCAAAAAGUGAUCCCGUGAAACAGAAUAAUUUCAGUAAAUCAGUCGAAGAUAAUGCUGCAGUCAGUAAUGUUCUUCAUCAUAAAGCCCAUACAGAGAAGACAAAUUUGGACAUAAAAGCCUUGGAAUCUAAUAGAUUCGAUCAGGUUAAAAAUUUGCAAGUACAACAAACUGAAAGUUCCGAAAGUAAAAAUGCAUUUACGGCAGCUGGGGAGAAAAUUAAAGAAUCUCACGUAAAUGAACGACUACAAGAUAAAAUUUGCAUUGAUGUUUCAAAAGAAGAUGAUGUGAAUCUUUUAUUUGUGCAAGAGAUUUGCUCUAAUUCUCAAGAUUUCAAGAAUAAGAAAUUUCUCUUAGAAACUGAAAAAUCUCCAACUCAUAGUGAAACUCUAGAUGAUUGUGAAAUUUUGCAACUUCCUUCUGAAACUAAUGAGUCGCAAAAUCAUGUUAUUGUUCAGUCUUUGGGUAAUGACUUCGAAAGUAGUUCCAAAAAUCUUAUCAACAAAACAAAAACGCCAAUGUGUAUGUUUCAAGAAGCACAUGAGGCUAAGAGCUUUGAAAGUUUAGAAGAUGAUUGUCUAAUUGUUAAUCACUUAAAUGUUUGUUCAAUGCCCAAUGGCGCAAAGUCUGAAUUUAUCAGUAAUCAACAAACAAGAACGCAUUUAGAAAAUUUUACUAAAACUGGUUUAAAUAUGGGUGCCUUAGCAAAAGAAAAGUGUGAAAAAACAGGUUGCACAAAUAAGAAAAACCCAACCUCAGUGAAUGAAGCACUGAAUACUAAUUCAGAAAGCUCAGAUGAUGAAUGCAUGAUAGUAAGUGAUAAAUGUUCAACGUUAAUUGAUAAGAGUCAGGUAUGUAACGAAACAAUUGAAAACUGUGCUGUCACAUGUAAUAAUAUUCCUGAAAUUACCACUAGUUCAGACUGUUCAAUGCAAGAAAUCUUAAAUAGAAGUCCUACAGUUAACAAAGAUGCCAAACCAGAAAGUAACCGAACUGAAAUUUCGUCUCUAGAGAAUGUCGAUUCUGAUAGUGUUGAAGAUGACUGUAUAAUUUUAAGUGAUGUGAGUAAUGCAUCGCAAAACACAACAUCAAAAAAUGUGCACCAAGAAAAACAAAAUCAGUUCAAAACAGAUGAGUCUGCAGUAUUUCAGUUAUUAAAUGCAUAUAAAAAAGAAUGCUUAAACUAUCAAAAAUUAAUUCAAACUGUAAACGUUUCGGAUUCCGAAACCAAGUCGGCUAUGGAAAUACAGGCUGGAAAGUUGGAAUUAAUUUCACGUUUGGUUGAAAAUAGCCUCGGCACACUCAACCCUUGUCUACGUAAACCAUCAUCUAAUUCUUCAACCUCAGUGAGUGAAAUUGUCGAAAAUUCUAAAGAUCAGCUGUUGGCUCGAGACGAACAUUCAUUUCCAAAAUUAAUAAGCUUCAGUGAUCCGAAAUUUCACCUCCAUGCCUCAAGCAGAUUGAAUUCAUCUAAGCAGCCUUGUGCAGAAAGCUUUCAAAAGGGUAGCCUAAAUUCUGUUUUGACUUUUACAGAAUCCUUCGCAGAAGCUAGGACUGAAUCCACAUGUGAGAGCUCUGAUGGAAAACUAUCGGAGCCAUGGACAGUACCUAAAGAUGCCAAAUGUACUGUUUGUCUUAGGCCUGCUAACAGUGCUUGCUUUUACUGUUGUGUUGUGUACUAUUGCUCCACAGAGUGUUCAGAGAGUCCUAUCAACAAAACCCAUUAUGAAUUUUGUAAAGAUGAAUAUCUGUCCAAAUUGAAUGUUAUGAAAUUGCAUCGUCCAAUAGCAGAAAAGCAGCCCUGUUUAUAGCAUUUUGUUUCACAUUUUGAGAUAUACAGAGCAAUGAGAUGUAUAUUUCUUUCUUUCUCUCUUUUUUUUAGAAAUAAAUCUUUUA